AUGCCGGCCUCCUCGCGGCCAAGCUCCUUGGCCGCGAUGCACCCGUCGCUUCAGGAGAUUCUGGCCAACACGGCGCCUCCUCCUUGGAACCUGAGCGCCUUCAUGGCCUAUCUGUCACAGAACCACUGUCUAGAAACACUAGAAUUCACACUCGAGGCCGAGCGAUACCGUCUCGCCUACGAGCAGCUCGCCCAAGACCAGUCCAACUGGACCAGAGACGCCAACGAUCACGUUUGCAUCCUGUGGCAGCGGCUGAUGAAUGCCUACAUCCUCCCAUGUGGCCCUCGCGAGGUCAACCUGCCCGGUCCCGUCCGCGAUCAGCUGCUGUCCUUCGCCAGCACCCCGACUCCUCCCAAUCCUUCGGAGCUGGAGGAGGCCGUCAGGAUCGUACAUGAGCUGAUGAAUGAUUCGGUUCUGCUGCCUUUCAUCGCCUCCACCAACGCCUCGCAGCACUCGCUUGACCUCCUCGAGGGGGAGCCCGACUCACGGCAAGGACGCGCCAGGCUACGAAUGUCCAGGGAAAUGUCUUCACAAGAAGAGCCCAGCCGGUCGCCCAAGCUGUCUCUGCUUCCUAACCUCCACAUCGGACGCAGGUCUGAGGGUGCCGCGCGUUCUUCUUCCUCUUCCUCCGCAGACGCCGUCGACCGAGAAGGCACCAGCACCGACGAGAGCAGCGGCAGCACCCCGCCCCCGGGCGAACCCUUGACUCCUCCCACCACACCGCCCACGUCGGACUGGGGCUUUGGAACCUCGCCUGGCAGUCUACAGAGGGCCAUCAGCGCGCACAGCAACGGUUGGAAGCGCAUGAGUGCCAAACUUGGCCUCGGAAAGAAGAGCCGGACCGCGCGACGUGCCAACACCUCGGACGCGGCUGCCGCUUCUUCGUCAGGAUCCACCGGCUCCGAUGUCGACGUCGUAUCACCACCCGCACAACUCGCCUCCACCACCGUCUCGCCGGCACAGUCGGCUUCUGGGCUUCAUGACCCAGAGGCCGGCAGUGCCGGUGCCGGUGCCGUCGAUCGCGCCAAUCAGCUUCUCCCCAUUGAGGCCGACUCGGAUCACGACGACGCAUCUGCAGACGAGUGGGAGGGGCCCCAUCCGGGCCAGAGGUUGUCGCUGUCAUGCCCCAGGGCGUCUCCCGCCCUGGACUUCAUGAGAGCCGACAGCAGCUUGGCCAGCGAUGGCGGUGUGUGCAGUGAUGAUAUGGCCGCAAAAUAUCGCCCGUCGCCACAACAGACGCGACAUGCGGGCAGGAUGUGGCUGACUCGCCGAAGCGCGCGGGCGAGGGUUAGGAACACCCAGCCCGGCCAACCAGUGCUCCGGCUUGAUACCCGGAAAAGCCACGAGGCAUGGGGUGUCAAGGGCAAGCCCAUCAUGUCGGCGCCGCCAUCGUGCCCUCACGGCCAAAGCAUUGUUCUCGGCGUGGUGUCUGGAGCCAGCUCCGCACAAGGCUUGGAGCUCGAAGAAGGCGCCGAGUCCCUGUCCAUGAUCCUCACGGACCCGGACGUCAAGACCGAGGUCGGAACGACGUGCAGCUCUUGCGAGACGGAGGACGCCGUCACCAUCAAGGAGACCUCCCCGCCUAUAAAUUCACCUAUGCUCGACUUUACCGACUUUUCAAACCACCUGGGCAUCCAUCUGGACAGUCCCAACGGAUCGUGCACGACCGUGGUCAACCCAAGCGCCAACACAACGCCUGUCGAGGCGGAGGGUGACGCCUACGGCUGGGAAGCCGAGCUGGAUCGACGUCAGUGUUGCAUCAUCUCGCCGACGAGCAACCCGGGCAGCUCGACCGAAGGCCACGCUCGGCAACCAUGUGUCGCCAAACGCAGCCUUCUCCACCGCGUCUUGAGCAGCAUCCCCCCUCAUCGGCCAAGUGCCGACCACACGACGGCCCCUUGA